AUGAACACAGCCAGCAACACAGAAUACCUCAUAGCCUUGCUGACCGAAGUGGAGUCAAGCGACCAACCAUUGCAUCACAAGCAGGCUGAACUCGAGAGUCAUAAGGGUCUCCCUCGUAUUCUUGAUACAACAGCAACCAUUCUCAUCUCAAAACCAAAGGGAGAAGUAAUAGCCGUUGGCUUCCAGCCAGAAAAUGAAAAGGGCACGCUGACGCUCGCCUCAAACGAAGAUACUGUUCCCGACGCCACUUUGAAGCAUGCCCGGGAAAUCCUUAACAGGCUCCAGGAGAUCGGGCAGUGGCUUGCCAGUCCGGGGAAAUCAGUAAGACGGAAAGGGAACAGAGAUAAGAAUGAAGAGCCUGAAAUAGUGAAUGAGGACUUGUUUCCGGAACCUCUGCGUGAAAAAGUCAGUUCAUUUAGGGUUGCGAUCCAUGCAUUUUCACAGCAGAAGUCCCGUCAGAAACUAGAGAAGCCUUGUGGUGAAACUACUUGUGUAGGCGCUUUUAUAGAAUAUGUUGAGAGCUUGUCAGACGACACGGAGUGCAAUGAGGUCGUCAAACGUUUGCAAAUUAUUAGCCAUGUACUUGGUUGGGUCAUGGAUGUUUACGACGACAACUCGGGCAGGAUUCCUGAUGCUGAAAUGUUGAAGUUCGUUGACGGGAUGGACUAUAUUUUCUUUACAGUAAAGGAGUUAUGGAAAAUCGAGCACUGACAAUACCAUCUUUCCGCCCCAAAAAGUGAGUGCCCUAGCUCAAUCAUUAUCAUAUUCGGC